GUGUUUUUCCGUAAAAUUUGCGUGAAAAUUUAGGCCGACCUUUGUUUCGAGCCCGGCAACACCGGUGGAGCCCCGUAGUAUUUUCCGCGAAAACCAUUGACGUUGGAUGACCUACUUUCCAAAAGAACCGUCGACACGGCAAGCCUGCGUUCUACGCAAAGUGGACAUACGGUGUUAUUAUUGUUUUUUUUUUUUCAUCCGCAAUCGAAAUUAUUCAUUUUCACUUUUUUUUUAUCUCUCCCCCUGGUGCGAAAAAAAAACAAAAUAAAUACUUAAAUCCGUCCGCCGCGUUCGUCACAACCCUUCGCGUUUUGCCGUCGCAGCCCGUUCCGCCGUCGGGCCUUACAUUGACAACAUCAACAAAAUUGUCGUCGGCCGCCGACGUGUACGCAGAUAAUAUAUUCUGGGUAAAAUAUUUUAUAUUUUUCCGCCGUCGUCCCGGACAGUUGCCGUCCUGUGUCGUGUACCGCCGCGCCAGUGUUCAUAACAAUACCGAUAUUAUACAUGUAUAUAUGCCAGGCGAAGUGAAAAACAAGUGCAAGUGAAUGACGAUGGCCUACCGACCUAUAUUGCCGCCGUGGUGGCCGUCCGUCGGAAAUGCCUCGGUGCGAGCAUGACGGCGCAACUGUCGGAGUACGCAACGUCAGGCCCGAUGGCCGGCGACGAGAACGGCGGUGGCAGCAGCAGCAGCAAUGAUAGCGGUGGUGUCGUCGUCGUCGGUGGCUGCAGUGGCGACGAAUCCACGGCCGAACGACGGGUGGUGAUGAUCGCGUUCAAAAUGGAAAACGAUUGCGAUGAGGAGACGGCCGCCGGACCGUCGCGGGACGACUCGAACUCGGAACCACACGCCAUGGUCGAACUCGAGCUCGAGCAGCAACAGCAAUCGCCGCCGUCGUUUUCGUCGGACGGAAAUACAGCUGAUCAAAAGUGCAUGGACCUCAGUAAUUUGAACGAAGAUGAUCAAACAUUCAUUGAAGAUUCGAAGUGCAUGGACUUGAGUCAUUUGAGUGACGAUGAUCCUAAUUUCAUUGAAGGUGGAAACGGCGGCGGCGGAGGAGGAGGCGGAGUGUCCGGCUCCAUGGACGGCCUCCAGCAGUACGUGGCCGUCGGCGGAAACGGCGGCGGUACGCCCGUGUCCGCGGCCGCAGCCGCCGUCAACCCGUCGGCCACUGGUUCCGAGCUGCCCGACACUAAAGAGGGCAUCGAAGAACUGUGUCCCGUGUGUGGUGACAAGGUGUCCGGUUACCAUUACGGUCUGCUUACGUGUGAGUCAUGCAAAGGCUUUUUCAAGCGGACCGUGCAAAACAAAAAGGUGUACACGUGCGUGGCCGAGCGGUCGUGUCACAUCGACAAGACCCAAAGGAAGAGGUGUCCAUUCUGCCGAUUCCAGAAAUGUCUCGAAGUCGGCAUGAAACUCGAAGCCGUCCGAGCGGACAGGAUGCGAGGAGGCCGAAACAAAUUCGGGCCCAUGUACAAACGGGACAGGGCGAGAAAGCUGCAGAUGAUGCGUCAGCGACAGAUGGCCGUGCAAACGUUGCGCGGCGGCGUGGUCACGUCGGCCGGGGCCAACAACCACCACCAAUUCGCCAUGUUGGCCGGCGACGCGGUCACGCUAGGCCAGUACCCUGGUUCUCCCAUCACAUCCUCGGUGUCCAGUUUGCACAUCAAACAGGAAAUUCAGAUUCCCCAGGUGUCUUCGUUGACAUCCUCGCCCGACUCGUCUCCCAGCCCGAUCGCCGUGGCUCUGGGCCAGGCCGGACUCGGGUCUCUGACCACGGGCGCCGGCGGCACCACGUGUGUGGUCAACCAACACUCACAGAUGACGCUGCAAAUCGUGGCUUCGGCCAACGGCAACAACAAUAAUAACAACACUAGCAGCAGUAACAACAACAACAAUAGCACGAGCGUGACCAACAUGACCGGUACAAACGGUGGAGUCCCGCCGUCGCAACACCAGCAACAUCACCAGCAGGCACAACAACAGCAACAGCAGCAGCAACAGCAGUCGGUAGUACCGGCCUCGAACUUGUUGUCCGUAAACAAAAUGUGGUCGCCACCGUCGUCGCCUAAGAACUACCUGUUGUCUACGCACCAGCAGCAACAGCAGCAACACCACGUGCCACAGCAGCAACAGCAGCAACAACAGCAACAGCAGAUGGUGGUGGACGGUGGCGGUAGCUCGUCGACCGCCGCGACUGCUAAUGGUGGCGGCAGCGGCGUCAAAGGCAUGUCGCCCAUGAUCCGGGACUUCGUGCAGGGACUGGACGACCGGGAGUGGCAGAGUUCACUGUUUGGCCUGUUGCAAAACCAGACGUACAACCAGUGCGAGGUCGAUCUCUUCGAACUCAUGUGCAAGGUGCUCGACCAGAAUCUAUUCUCGCAGGUGGACUGGGCGCGGAAUUCGGUGUUCUUCAAAGAUUUGAAGGUGGACGACCAGAUGAAACUGUUGCAGCACUCGUGGUCGGACAUGCUGGUGCUGGAUCACAUCCACCAGCACAUGCACAACAACCUGGCCAACGAGAUCAUGUUGCACAACGGGCAAAAGUUCGAUCUACUCGCUCUUGGUCUACUUGGCGUCACCACGAUGGCUGAUUGUUUCGCCCAGGUCAUCGAUAGGUUACAGGAGCUCAAGUUUGACGUUGGCGAUUACAUCUGCUUAAAGUUCCUGCUGCUGUUGAACCCCGAUGUCAAAGGGAUUGGCAACAGUAAACACGUUCACGAAGGUCACGAGCAAGUGUUGAAGGCUCUCUUGGACUAUUGCAUCACAGCCAACUCUCAAGUACAGGACAAAUUUACCAAAUUGUUGUCCGUACUACCCGAAAUCCAUCACAUAGCCACCAGGGGCGAGGAGAGUCUGUACUUGAAGCACUGUAGUGGCGGCGCUCCCACGCAGACGUUGCUCAUGGAGAUGCUGCACGCCAAACGAAAAUAACAAAAAUCACACAAGACACACAUACACACACACUACUCACCACCAAAAUAUUAUAUAUUUUAUAACAAUAAUAGCGUAUAUACUAUAUACUGCUGUUAUUAUUAUUAUAAUAAUGACAAUAUAUUAUUAUUAUUAUUAUUUUAUUUAAAAUAUAUAUAUUUAGAUGUCCACACACAACACACCAUCACCACCACUACCACCCCUUACACACACACACACACACACACACACACUCAUGCCCACAAAGUCAAAUCGACAUCAUCUGCAAUGCGAAGAACAGACACCACACCGCACGGCACUCCUCGCACUCGUUCCACGGUUGGCCAAAUAUUUUAAAAGACAGACCCCGUCAACGUCUAUUUGAGCGACAGCCACGUUACCAUGACAACUAAAUAAAUUUUGAGUCAUUACAGAGUUACCAACUGAUCUCGUCGACAGCGUCAUUACACACGUACGCGAUGUUGGUCAAAACUACUCGUACACACCACAUACACUGAUGUACACAACAUACACCAAUACACACACAUACACAAAUACACACCACAUAAUUAUUAAUAUUAUUUAUUAUUAAUUAUUUAACUUAUGUUUUUUUUUAUAUAUAUUAUAUUAUAAAUGUAAAAAAAGUAAUCCUCCCGAUGACUAAUGAAAUAAGAGUGCACUAUGUGCGCCCAAAAAAUCCGAUUAUUAUUAUUAUUAUUAUUAAGUACAUAUGUUAUGUUUAUAUAGUGCAUAUUAUAUAUUAUAGCAUAAUGCGUAUGUAUACAUAUAUUUUUAUUAUGAGCGAUAUAGUUUGUAUAUAUAUUAUUAUAAUGAUUUUAAUGCUUAGCUUAGGUAUUUAAUGUUUGGUUACCAAAUCUCAAAAGGCCAGUAAAAGGAGAUGUGCUCAAGAUUUAAAAAUGUUUAAAAAAGAUUAUAUUAUCUACAAUAUAAUACAAGCCGUUCAGUUCCUAAACACUGUUCCAAUUUUAAAUAAGAUAUUAAUCCGCUAUGUUUGGUUUUCUCCUUCUUUGUAUUAAUUGCAGAUAUUUUGUUCAUGAAAGAGAUAUAUAAGUGAGACCCAUAUGCAAAGAAAGAAUGACUACAAUAAAUGUGUGUAAAUAUUGCUGUUUACAGUAUUCGUGUGUUUUAUUGUAAAUUGUAUUUUUACUACAAAAUUGUAAAGAUCUUAUAACGAUUUGAACCAAUUUACUAUAUCCGCACACUCAUAUUUUGUUUCUUUACGACGAUUUGUGUAAAAAAAAAAAUGUAAGUACAUAUACAUAUUUAUUUAUGUAUAUAGUAUUUUUUAAAUAUCAAUUGAAUAAAAAAGAUUAACUACCAUUGCCUCCAUAACA